AUGGGCGACCCUCUCACGUUCAGCGCGGGUGUAGACGGCCGCCGGGCCAGAAGCUCGCUGCCAUCUCAGCCGGAACCACAGAGUAAUGACAGUUCAAACUCAACGCUCGUCGAUGUUUCAGCAGAAAGAGAUACGCCUGGUGUCCUAUAUGCAGCCGACAAAGCAGACAUUCGCUACCUUUAUCUCGAUUUCGACUCCGAUCUUCCAUCCCCUUGCUCCCUUACUAUAUCAACGGAUCAAGAUUUCUUUCUGCCUCCGCGGCCGGACUUGAAGCCCUACACAUCGCCCUUCGAGUGGCCGAAUACGCUGAAGUCCGUGAUUACAGGGGUAGCAUGCACUGUUACCAUUCUUAGUGCUGCAGCAGCGGGCUGUUAUAGCCCUGCAGAAGAAGAACUUACCCAAGCAUGGGGAAUCAGCGGAGUAGUAUAUAACAUUGGCAUUACCGUGUUUACAUUUGGGUUUGGAGUUGCCCCAAUGUUGCUAGCACCGUUCUCAGAAAUCAAUGGCCGAAGACCGAUGUUUAUCGGGAGCGGAGUGUUGUUCGUUGUAUGCCAGAUUGGCUGCGGCGUAACCCGUUCCUUCGCCGGCAUGAUACUUGCCAGAUUCUUUCUGGGAGUAGGGGGCUCAACAUUUUCCACGAUAGUUGGCGGAAUCAUAAGUGACAUAUACCACACCAGCGAUCGUAAUACCCCCAUGGCACUUUUCUCCACGGCAGCACUGUUUGGAACGGGCCUUGGGCCGCUUUUUUCGAGUGCAAUCGUCAAGCAUACAUCGUGGCGCUGGAUCUACUAUUCGCAAGCUAUAGCUGCGGCCAUCGUGCUCCUUGCCAUAAUCCUGUUCUUCAAAGAGACUCGUGGCAGCGUGCUUCUAAGUAGAAAAGCAAAAGUUCUGAAUGAGUGGUAUGAAAAGUUAGAAAUUGCUGGAUGUCCAGGGUUAGAUAUCUCGCUAUUAGGGGCGCGUGAAAAGAAGAAUUGUCAGCGUAUACGCUGGAAGGUUAAGAGUGACGAAGAGAGGGAAACUUUGUCUAAAAUGAUUGGUAUAUCCUUAUAUCGGCCGUUUCAUCUCCUGAUGACAGAGCCAGUUGUCUUCUUCUUUUCACUCUGGGUUUCAUUCAGCUGGGCUGUUCUUUACCUGCAAUUUGGAUCGAUUCCACUAGUUUUCCGGAACAAUCACGGGUUCGAUAUCCAGCAAUCUGGCGCUGUUUUCACAGCGAUGUGUGGUGGGGCGCUCGUUGCGCUGUUUAUUAGUAUAACGCAAGAAAAGGUUGCCAAAUGGCUGGGGAAGAUGCCAACGACGCCGGAAGGCCGGUUGUAUUUUGUUUGUGUCGAAUCCAUCCUAAUGCCAGCAGGAAUGUUUUGGUUUGGGUGGACGUCAGGACCUUCAGUACAUUGGAUUUGGCCAGCUCUCGCAGUCGGAUGUGCCACGAUUGGAAUAUUCUCGAUAUAUCUUGCCGUGUUCAAUUACCUUGCCGAUACUUACCAUCGUUAUGCCAGCUCUGCACUGGCAGCACAAUCCUGCUGUCGAAAUGUUCUCGGCGGCUGCUUUCCACUUGUGGCACGUGCAAUGUUCAACAAUCUCGGUUAUGCAGAAGCUUCGAGUUUGCUUGGUGGAAUUGGCACCUUACUGACAAUCGUUCCAUGGGUACUCGCAUUUUAUGGACCUAGAAUUCGCGCCCGAAGUAAAUUUGCCAGUGAAAUAAUGGCAGAACGGAAGUAG